UCUACUGGCCAUACUUCACAUUAAUUUAUCCUCUCCCAUCUAAAAAUCUAUAUAUAAUAUAUUACAUUGAAUUUCAAUAUUCCUAAGCUCACAUUUCCUUUGUGUUUGUGAGUAACUGGCAAAGACAUCAACACCCCUUAUCUCUCUCUCUGCCCAAUUCUGACCUCAAGUUCUGUUGGAUCUUGCAUAUAGUUACCGUUUAUUGAUUCGCAAAGAUGAAGGUCACAGUGGUUUCUCGAAGUGGAAGAGAAGUGGUUAAAGGUGGCAUUGAGCUCAGCGAUUCUGCUACUGUAGCAGAUUUGCAGGAGGCAAUUCAUAAGCGAACCAAGAAAUACCCAUCAAGGCAGCGCUUGACACUUCCUGUCCAACCUGGAUCAAAGGAAAGGCCUGUUGUCCUUAAUUACAAGAAGAGUCUGAAAGACUAUACAAUUGGAAAUUCAGAAACCUUAACUGUUGUAUUCAAGGACUUGGGCCCACAAGUUUCUUACCGUACACUUUUUUUCUGCGAGUAUUUGGGACCUUUGCUUCUCUAUCCAGUCUUCUAUUAUCUCCCUGUCUACCAAUAUUUUGGCUACAAAGGUGAACGUGUCAUCCACCCUGUGCAGACAUAUGCCUUGUACUACUGGUGUUUCCAUUAUGCCAAACGAAUUCUGGAAACAUUUUUUGUGCAUUGCUUCAGCCAUGCAACCUCACCCCUUUCCAAUGUGUUUCGUAACUGUGCUUAUUACUGGACCUUUGGCUCCUAUAUUGCUUAUUAUGUGAACCACCCUUUAUAUACCCCUGUAAACGACCUCCAAAUGAAGAUUGGGUUUGGAUUUGGGAUACUUUGUCAAAUUUCAAAUUUCUAUUGCCAUAUUAUUCUGAAGAAUCUUCGUAGUCCUGGUGGUGAAGGUGGAUACCAAAUCCCAAGGGGCUUUCUCUUCAAUAUUGUUACCUGUGCAAAUUAUACAACUGAGAUCUAUCAGUGGCUGGGAUUCAACAUUGCAACACAAACUGUUGCAGGCUACAUUUUCCUUGUGGUUGCUACUUUUAUAAUGACCAAUUGGGCUUUGGCCAAGCACAGGCGUUUAAAGAAGUUGUUUGAUGGAAAGGAAGGGAGACCUAGGUAUCCUCGUCGAUGGGUAAUAUUGCCCCCAUUCCUGUAGAAGAAGCCUAAGCAACUGAUGAGGUCACCACUCUGCUCACAGGAUUCUCAGAUUUAGAAUUGUAGCAUAAUGGAAUUUUGGUGAUCUCUUUUUAUUUGAUAUGAAUUUGUCUUGCAAUGCUUUUGACUAUGAAGUUGAUUGCUAAAUUAUUGAAUCAGUGUUUUGCAGAAUAUCUGUAAUCAUUUCAAGAUUGUAGUUCUAAGGAUUCUUGUUUCUUCAAAAUCUUUAAUGUUGCUGUUUAAUUUUUGUUGGCUA